AUGUCCACGGUAAUCGCUUUCACCCCUUCCAUGUCCAAUUCGUAUAUUCAUACGUCUCUAGAUAUCUUUGUCGACAAUGUACACAUGGAAUUAUCGCUCUGGGAUACCGCUGGCCAGGAGGAAUUUGACCGAUUGCGCGCGCUAUCAUACGAGGACACACAUGUGAUUAUGCUUUGUUUUAGUGUUGACAGCCCGGAUUCGUUCGAGAACGUCGCAAGCAAAUGGGUCGACGAGAUUUCGGAGAACUGCCCUGGUGUGAAGAUGGUCCUCACAGCGCUCAAGUGUGACUUAAGAAAGGACGAAUUCGAGAACCCUAACCCCAAUGCUAUCACGUACGAGCAAGGUCUAGCGAAGGCAAAGGAGAUCGGUGCUGUGAAGUACCUGGAAUGCUCUGCCGUUCAGAAUCGCGGUAUUAUGGAGACUUUCUACGAAGCGGCCAAGGUCGCCCUUGAAGUGAAAGCCCAAGGAUCGAACGGCUCCAAGGAAGGCUGUGUCAUCCUGUAA